AUGCCCUUAUCAGAACCACGUCACAUUAAAAAACCCCGAUUAUCGCUCAGUUGCAUUGUCUGUCGACGGCGCAAGGUUCGUUGCGGUCGCGAACAGCCAGAAUGUGCCAACUGCGUACGCAUGAAAGAGAAUUGUGUCUACAGGGCAAUGGUCCGUGACGAGUCCACCGGCCGUGUACGACCAGUAUCCCCCAGAGAUGGCAGGGACUCCGAUGCUCGCCCAGAUCUUCCUUGGCCCUGUUGGGGCCAAGACGCCAAUGCGCCGUAUCUGGAGAAACCGUCGAGACCUCCUUCUCCUCAAUUAUCCAAUGCCAGUCCUUCCCCACAUCGACAGGAGCUCUAUCCAACAGUCCCUUCAUGGGAAGAGGCCAUUCAGCUUCCCCGUGAUCGGGAUGCGAGCGGUCCUCAACUUAGAGGGAGCUCGACUACCCGGGAUGCCUCCCCUGUGCCAUCAACAAACUCCUUUCCCACCCUGAGCGACCCACUCUGUCGCGACUAUUUGAGUAUACGACGGGGUGGCCGCGUGCGAUAUAUCGGUCGGAAUUUCUGGGGUCUCGUUGCUGGAAAAGAAAACCUGAGCGAUGAUUUCUUUGACGAAAACCAGCAUACUCACCCCGAUCUGCCCCUCCCACAUAUUUCAUCUGUGGGCAUGUUUAAUCUCCUGCGGUCGCUACCCACCAAGCCCGUGAGUGAUGCCCUGCUCGAGAUCUUCUUCGUCGCCGUGUGGCCACUUGUUCCUCUCCUACACCCGCCUUCUCUCCAGACAGAAUACAAUGAGUUCUGGGAUUGGUGUCGGAACAGUGAGAGUGCUUUGCCCUCGGAAAAACUACGCGAUGACCCUACCUUUAUAUGCCUUCUCUUCGCGGUCCUAUAUUGUGGCGCAUCUGCCGCACCAGCAGCCAGCUGGAUGUAUACGAAGCUCCAGGGUCUACAGAAGGAAACGACAGUGAGCCAUCUCAAGUCGGCAUUUACAACUAGUCUCUCUUUAUGUCAGCAUCUGGAGCAUCCGACAUUACAUACAUUAGUUUCAACUUUGCUGACAGAGCCGUUCCUGGACCGACCAUUUGAGCCUAUGCGUAGUCUGGUCCAUGUGAGCACCACGGUGCGCAUUGCUCAGACUAUGGGUUUACAUCGAGAACGAACGUGGUCUGCGAUGAGUUGGCUUGAUAAAGAAAUCCGCCGUCGCAUCUGGUGGCACAUUGUUUGGCUCGAUGUGCAGUCGAGCCUCUCCACGGGGCUGACCCCCUGCUGCGGGAAGGAGGCCUUAGAGACCGUGAGCAUGGUUGACCACCAUGAAGAGCCUGGCGAGGUCCCUGCUGGACUUUCUCAAUGCAACGACUCUGUGACAGGUGGAAAGUCGGUGGCCAUGCUAUACGCUAUCGGACGCUUCCAGACGGCUAAUCUACAAGCGAGGAUCGUGGCGCACCUACAAAGCGCGCGGGGUCCAACUCAAGGGCAAUUUGGGGGGCUUAUCACCGAGGCAAAGGAGCUUCUGCAGAAUAUCGACACUAUCAUUGCGCGCGUUCCUACACAGGGGAUCCCUGAAAGGGGGUACAUCCCAUCCCGCCUGGCCAAUGCAUCUCCAUCCACACAUCCCUCGUUGUACAAAGAUGAUGCACGACAGCCAACCGUCUUUGCAGCAUGGACGCGAAUCAUGUUAACCUUGCUGAAAUCAGAAGUAGCCAUCUUAUUGCAGAAACCAUUUCUGCCAUCCCCAGAUAGGACGAAUGCGCAAUCACGCAAGUCAUGGACCAGCAUGGCGCAGCUUUGCGUGAAUUACUUGCGUAUCUAUUUGCAGCUGUAUCAAGCUCCUGCGUUCUCCCCAUACGCGUGGUUCUUCUGCAGCUACUAUGGGCCUCUUCAAUGCGUAUUCAUCACCCUUAUAUAUCUCCAUUCCUUUGAAGACUCUGAGGAUACCUUGCUGGCGCGAUAUUGUGUUGAUGAAGUUAUACAUCACUGUGUGGCUCAGUACCAAGCUCCAGAUAGCUCCUCGACAAAUACCAGCCCUGACGAUACUGAUUCCAACAACAGCAAGACACGGAUGCCAUUGGUCAUUCAGGUUCUCGCUGACCUCCAUAAACGCCUCGACUCGUCCCUCGGAGCUGAAGAGCGGCUCCCACUACCCUUGGAGCUACUCGAGUGUCAAGCCCACUUUCAUAUGUCGGGUCUUGCUACCAAGGCGUCCGAGCUAUGCACGACAUCCAUUCGACCCUCUUCCGAUGCAUCCUCCUCUACCACUCGUACGAACCGCAAUUGUGAAACCCCAUCUAUGACUACAGGACAUCCUCCCGUGGUUGCUGGUACCAAACCAGGCCCUCCAAACAGCGUCCUGGUGGCAGGAAGUGACUCGGGCUUAGAUAUGGAUUUCCUUGCUACAAUUUCGGAUCUAGAGGCCUGGUCCUCGUCAUUGAUUAUGGAACCCGACAACCUUUUGGCCCAUCCUGAUAAUAUAACACCCGAUAAUGCUGUAAUCUCAGGGUUAAGCGCGCACAGUACAGCAUCCGGUCGCCGUGACCUGCAUGAAUCACUCGAUUUCCCGGCGUAA